UUCCCUCCAGUGCUAUUCCCAGAGUUGAAAGAAGACCGAUCACUCAAGACUGUCUUCGGAAACUGGCUUCUGUUGGCACGAAUUCUGAAAGCUUCAUUGUGUGGUAUCACAUCCCUCCAUCACGCUUCCAGUGGCGGAGGCGCACAUACCAACUCCAUGAAAUGGAGCGUUCGGCAAGUCACACCGGGUUGCAUCGCUUGGGCCGCAGUUCUUGCUAUAUUCUUACUGUCUCCUGACACUGAAUUCUCGAGCACGGGCAUUGGCAAGAGGUCAACGAUUAGCUACAAGGAUUUAUUUUUCACAUAUAAGAAAGUUCUAGUGACCAAGUGGAAGAUGAAGCGCAUUGUACAGAUUGUAACUAACAUCAACCACUACAUCUUCAAAGCUGCGCGACCUUCGGCCUUGGAUUCUGCUGUACAUGAAGAUUUCACAAACGCCAUUGAUCGCACACUCGCAGCGCUUGACAUGGAAAGUUCGGACGAUGGAACAGAAACUGCGGCAGACGUAACAGAUCCAGGAACUCCCACAGCCGCUGCCUUGGAGAGACAUGUCAAUGCUCUGCCAUCUGAAUCAAUCUCGCAGCCUAUCCUCUCCACACAGCGGCGGCACACUACAGAAGCUCCCAUUGUCGACAAUGUAGCCACCAACAACGGCACUGCUGCAGAUUUGGAGGAUGCUGCUGCUGCAACACCUCAGGCUGAUGAGGUGGGAGCUGCAGUCAUCAGCUCAUCAGGCGAGGUACUCCAGGAGGCGGCAGAUGAUCUGAGCAGUACUAGAGGGAGGUCCAAGAAGUCGAAAAGAGGGAGGAAGGUGACCACGCUGGCGAUGGCUACUGAUUGUACCACUCGGCAGGCUCACAAACAGUCUUGA